CGAUGCGCGAUGAGUCCGAUCAUUUCGGUCCGACAUGUGCACGAAGGUGUUGAUCGACAGCGGCGUCAGGCAGCCGCCCGCGGCCAUCGUCCGGCUCGUGGUGCAUGGGACGUUGGCGUGGCUGUAUUUCCACGUAAUGUGGAUGGCCAGUUCUGUGGACUGGGACUCGAUCGUGUUCCCGACCAUCAGCGAGGUGGGAAAAUUCAUGUCGUACAUGCUUACGAUGUGGACACUGAUCAUGCAUUUAGGAUUUUUCAUAAUAGCUACAAUAUUGGAUUUCUUUGAAUUGAUUCCACAGUCUGUCAUUAUUGGAAAAUUGCUCAACAAAAUUCGAGAGGUGAAUGACUUCUUUUUCAUGACUGUGAUGCUGCCAAUAUCUAUGUGUGUGUGUAGCGGCUUUUGGUCUGCAUGGGUAUUAUUUAAUGAUAUUAUUUAUCCAUCAGCUGUAAAUAAUAUCAUACCAGUAUUUAUCAAUCACGUGUCUCAUACAACUCCUAUUUUCAUUGUAUUUAUUGAAUUGUGUCUCUGUUACCACGCAUCGCCAAGAGUAAAACCAGCCAUUACCAGUCUUGUCACUGUUGAAACUAUUUACCUAUUUACGAUGAUCACGCUGCGAAUUCAAUACGGCAGAUGGGUAUACUUACUCAUCGACAUUUAUGUAAACACGAUUCCAAGAUUUAUCUUCGUGUUUUCGUUCCUUAGUUACAUCAUACCAAUUAUCUACUUGGUCAGUUGUCUUAGAUUGAAUAAUUAUAUUUGGGGUUUAAAAAAAAAUGACCACGUUUCUAGGGAUGUUUCUUACCAGCAUAAUAAAAAAAUAACGUGAAGAGGAGCUGCUAGCUCCAAGUGGUCUCGCUGAAAUUUGAUCUGGGAACAUUUUUUUACUGUGUUCAAUAUACUAAAUGCACAUUUUAUUCUAAUAGUUUUACUUUAACAUAAUUUGCGAUAUAUUUUGUUAUGUUAUACAUACUUAUUCCUUCCGU